CUUCACCGAAUCCAACGAUCUAGAUUAACGGAAGAUGGAUUCGAAGGAAGAAGUGAAACAAACCCUAAACUCCAAAAACCCUAAAAAUGUCUACCAAAUCGGAGGCCUUCAAGUUGAAUUCCCUUAUCAACCGUACGGAACCCAGCUUGCGUUCAUGAGCCGGGUCAUAUCUACGCUUGAUCGUGCCCAGAGAGACGGUCACUCCCACGCUUUGCUCGAGUCUCCCACUGGUACAGGCAAAUCUCUGUCUUUGCUCUGCUCCGUUCUCGCUUGGCAAAAGAGCUAUAAAUCGCGGUUUCCGAAUGGAAAUUUGUCUCAUUCGAAAAGGCAGCCCUCAGAUACUGCUGCAUCUAGUAAUGUGGAGCCACCUGAACCUGAAAUUCCUACCAUAUACUAUGCUUCACGAACUCAUGCUCAGAUCACUCAAGUCAUUCGUGAGUAUCGGAAAACCGGUUACAGAGUUCCCAUGACUGUAUUGGGUUCAAGGAAACGUUACUGCACCAAUAGUCAUGUACAGGGGAAAGAUAAUGUAGACGAAAAAUGUCGGUUGCUCCUAAAAGAUAAGAAAAACAUAAAAUGUGCUGAGUUCAAAGGCGUCGGUCAGAUCUUAGCUUACCCAUCACUUCAGCAAAACGGUCACAAUGGGGUUCAUGAUAUUGAAGAUCUUGUAAAAAUUGGAAAAACUGUCACAGGCUGUCCAUAUUUUGCUUCCUGGAAAAUGUUGGAGGUCGCACAAUUGGUUUUUUGCCCUUAUUCCUAUAUAAUUGAUCCUGUCAUUCGAGGCGGAGUAAAUCUACAAGGAGCGAUUAUAAUCUUUGACGAAGCACAUAAUAUGGAAGACAUUGCUCGUGAAGCAGGAAGCAUUAACUUGGAAGAAGAUAUUCUUUUCAAAUUGAAGAAUGAACUAGAACAGAUGAGUGAGAAUGAGCCAGAGAUAUAUGAAUCCUUGUAUAUAGUAGUAGAGGGAUUGAUAAGCUGGAUUGGGAGAAAAAAAGAUUCACUAGUAAAACGUGAUUCUGAGCACUAUUUCUCUAAUUGGACUGGAGACAGAGCUUUAAAAGAGCUAAAGGAAUUCAAUAUCACUCGAGAAAACUUCCCAAACUUAAAGGCAUGUUUUAACCAAGCGAUUACUAAAUCAGAGGCAGCAGAAAUGGACCCAGAUAAGCCUUAUUUGAGUGGGAUAUCUGUCUCUACACUAGAAGAGUUGUUUGCUACACUAACAUACUUUUUUUCAAGAAAUGGAAGUCAUGUCCUAGAUUAUGAAAUGGGUUUACAACGGUCUGCGAAGAGAGGAGAUAAUGGGUGGACGCAUACUUUCAGUUUGUGGUGUAUGAAUCCGUCUGUUGUUUUCAAAGACUUAGCUGAUCUUUCUUUGUCCAUCAUUUUAACAUCUGGGACUUUGUCACCGAUGAAUUCUUUCUCAUCUGAACUUGGGAUGCAAUUUGGCACUUGUUUAGAGGCUCCACAUGUGAUUGAUCCUAAUAUGCAGGUGUGGGCUGGUGCAAUCUCCAGUGGUCCUGGUAAUUUUCCUCUAAAUGCAAGUUAUAAAACAGCUGAUGCAUAUGCAUUCCAGGAUGCUCUAGGGAAAUCGUUGGAAGAAAUUUGCAGUAUUGUACCAGGAGGCUCUCUGGUAUUCUUUCCAAGCUAUAAGUUGAUGGAAAAACUCUGCACGCGUUGGCAUGAAACUGGACAAUGGUCUCGGCUCUGCUUGAAAAGGGACCUUUUUAUCGAACCAAGAGGAGGAGCCAAGGACGAUUUCGAAACUGUUCUGAAAGAAUAUUAUGAUUCGAUAAGCGGAAAGAACAGAUCGAAUGGAAGAAAUAUCAGAGCUAAGAAAGCAGGGUCUGUUAUAACUGAGGCUCAAGAGGAUUCUAAGAGAGGAUCUGCAUUUCUUGCAGUUUCAGAAGGGCUUGAUUUUUCUGAUGACAACGCCAGAGCAGUGAUAAUUGUUGGCAUUCCAUUUCCAAACUUGGGCGAUAUUCUAGUCGAACUAAAGAGGAAAUAUAAUGAUACCAACAAAUCAUCUAAAAACCUUCUUGGAGGGAGUGAGUGGUAUUGCCAACAGGCGUACCGUGCUUUAAAUCAAGCAGCAGGGCGAUGUAUCCGGCAUAGGUUUGAUUAUGGUGCCAUCAUAUUCUUAGAUGAGCGAUACCGACAACCAAGGAACAGAGCGUCUAUUUCAAAGUGGCUAAGGCAGUCUAUCAAAGUGUAUGAUAAUUUUGAAGCUUCUAUGGAAGGAUUAAGAUAUUUUUUCAACAGUGUCAAGGAGAGAGUUGACAGUAAGAUAUUAGAGUCCCAUGAGCAGAACUUGUCCCUUAAAAACCAAAGCAAUGAAGAUCCAGAAAAGGAAACCUCUGGUAUGACCAAUGGUAUUUCAGCAGCCAGUCCAUGUUGUAGCUCAAAGAAUGAAAGCUCUAGCCUAGAAACAGGUCUGAGAUCUGUGAGGUCUCCUGAUCAAUUCUUAAAACGGCAUGUAUCUACUUCAAAUUUCGGAAGACCUCCUCUUGGUGCUGAGUCGUCUAUAAUAGUAACUCCGGAGAGAUAUUCCAUUGGUGAUACCAGUAGUUCGAUUCUAGAAGCAGAGUCACCUUUGAACAUGAGUGUUAAUUCCCAUGCUUUGAAGAGAAGAAAGUUUACUACCUCUCCAAUCAUCAUUGACCUUGAAGAAGAGAACAGUAGCGCUCCUGAUACUAGACCCGAGGAUCACACGAGUUUCACAAGAAGAAUUGAAUUUGGGUUUCCGGAAGUGGAUCAGAGAGUGAUGAGGAUAUCUUGUUCACUCUGCAGAAGUUCAUUAGGUCACCCUGAGAACCACUCAUAUCCCAAAUGCUUGUUGACUUCGUCGUCCAAAACGUAUUUGCUGUCUCUUCUGAAAGAAACAUCAGGAACUGGUUCUGCAGAAAUGCCAACAAGUGUUUCAGUUAUCAUAACAGAUUGCUCAUUGGUUAAUCAGAGACUUUGCAGAAGUUCUGAAAUCUCAAAAGGUCAGGGUAUUUGGUCCGAACAAGAUGGAUGUGUUUUCAAAACUAUCUUUUGCCCUUUCUGUAGUGUCCCAAACACCUGCCUUGGAGUGCAAGUCAUGGCUACUGAUUCAUCAAACGUCCAGUUUAUGAGCAAAGUAAGCUUAACUUAGUGAUUCAUCAGAGUGCAUUGUUUUUAUAUUAAGAUCUCUUUUUACUUUUUUUGCAGAUUUUAUUCUUUGCUGAUCAUCUACAAGUCACGAAUGAUGCUGCAAGCAAGGAAACAACGUUAACGCACAAGGUAUUCUAUUCUUGCAUACCAUUAAGUCUUUAGAAGCAAUUCUGAGGUUUCAGUUUGGAAUAAAUGGAAAUGAAAAGAUUUUGAAAUAGAACUGAAGUUAUUUU